AUGGUGAAACGCAAGCUCGAGCAAGACGGAAGCCUCGCCCAAGCGACCGAGAUCGUCCUCGAUGCGUUCAUCAACACCAACGUACCGCGGGCCAUCCUCAAGGAAGUCUUCGCGAAGUUCUACCGCGAGGAUGCCAACGGACACUGGGUGAUGCAUCACGGCGAGCUGUCAGAGGUCCAAGCCGCGGCCUGGACGCCGCUCCGUGACCACUUGAACGCGCUGCAGGGCGAAGAUGCAGCGGCAGCCUUGCCGCUGCUGCAAGCCAUCUUUGCCCUAAAGGAAACAACAUUCCACAAUACGUACACAAUCUCGAAAGAGACGCCAAGCUGGGAAGCCAGCGACUCCAGCGUCACCCAAGCCAAAGCGUGCGCGACACUGCCGCCGUCUUUUGUGUCGCCCAGCACCGCGACGGCUCCGACGACGUACGUGCUCCCGACCAGCUCGACGCCGGCAGCGGCAAUGCCGUCGGCACCCCUCCAACCGUCGCCGUUCUUCAAACCGCCUCUGGCCCCACGGACGCCAUUUACGCCGGUCUCAUCGACUGGGACAAGCUACCUCGACGACGACCAGCCGAUCAACCGCUUGUCGAGCGUCUCGUCACAAGAAACCAACAUGACGCUGUCGGCGCGCAAUUCCGUGCCGGUGAGCGCACGCACCUCGGUACCACCGGCUACUCCCGCGCCAGCGCCUCCGCCGCCAGCGACGCUGGAUUCUCUGCAGGCGACCACGGGCUCUCUGCAGGCGACCAUGGACUCUCUGCAGGCGACCAUGAACAUGUUGGUGGCCGCCGUGAAGGACAUCAAGGCCGACUCCGCUCUCCACACCAAGAACGUAUUUCGCCUGGACUUGCAAAUCCAGGCGAUUCGUCGCCGGGUCGACGGCGGCGGCAUUGAGGAGCCGAGCGAGCACCCCGACGGCAAUCUUGUCGUGCGGCAAGAGGUUGCCACGUUGUCCGCUCUCACGGACGCUCUCAGCGCAUACACGGCCAACAUGACGACCUUGUCGGCCGACCGCAUGGCCGAGGUCGACUUGACUCCGAUGCGCCAGGUGUUUGCCGACUUUACGGACCAAUUCCACGCAGCCGAUGCCGUGACGCAAGCGGCUUUGACGCGUCAGGACGUCGCAGCUCGAGACGUGCGCGCCGAGAUUCUUGAGCGCUUGGACGAUUUGUCCGGCGAGUUCUUGGCCGCGCGUCGUGCUACAGCGACAACGAUUCUCGAGUCCAAGCGCCGCCGCCACGGACCGGCGAGCGAAUGAAGAAGAAGGAGAUUGCUAGUCUCUACGUAUGCGAAGUCUUUGUGCAAUUAUGAAGAUAACGCGAAACACGUUCAUAUA